AUGGUGUUGUCGUCCAACCUGAUCCGCAGCACCUGGACUCCCAGCUCCUCGCAGCCGAUGCGCUUCCCCAGGCGACGCGUGGAGUUGCGAGUGUGGGACCAGAGUGAAGCGAUGUCGCGCCCGUCCCGCCCGAACUACCCAUCCAGGGAGCCGCUCAGGAAGGUGGCGAUAUCUUGGUUCAAGGGGGCUCUGCUGAUCCGCUUCUCUGUCGCAUCACGCAGGGCGUUCGCCGCAAUGUUCCUCACCUUGGCGUCGGGACAUGUCAGCAGGCAAAAGGCUGCACACAGCCAGGUGUGGGAGGCGGCUGGGCGGCAGCAGAGGCGCGUGUGGGAUUCUGGGGUCCCCUGCACUGAGCCGUGGUGUCGCUCUCCCUUAGGGCAGCCGUUGGCCACGGGAACGGGGACCUUGGUGCUGACCCUCGAGGAUGUGAAUGACAAUGGGCCAGAGCCAGAUCCACGGGAAUUUUACAUCUGCAAUCAGAACCCAGUGGUCCAGUUGUUAAAUAUUGUGGACCCGGACCUUCCCCCGAACACCGGCCCCUUCAAGGUGGACCUGCUGCACGGCUCCGGCUCCAACUGGACAGCAACUGUGAACGCCCAGGGAGUCAGUCUGGACUUAAAGCUUACCAAAUACCUGGAGCCAGGAGACUACAGCAUCAUCCUGCAGCUGGCGGACAACCAGGGUAAAUCCCAGGUGACGACUGUCAAAGCCAUUGUGUGCGACUGUGACGGGGAAGCCAGGAACUGCGAGAAGAGAGCAGCCAUCGCGGGCGGCGUGGGGAUCCCGGUCAUCCUGGGGAUUCUCGGGGGAAUACUUGCCUUGCUGAUCCUGCUGCUGCUGUUGCUGCUCUUCGUGAGGAAGAGGAAGGUGGUGAAGGAGCCCUUGCUUCUCCCCGAGGACGACACUCGAGACAACGUCUAUCACUACGACGAGGAGGGCGGUGGGGAGGAAGACCAGGACUACGACCUGAGCCAGCUGCACCGCGGCCUGGAUGCCCGGCCUGAGGUCACCCGCAACGACGUCGUCCCGACUCUCAUGCCAGCCCCGCAGUACCGGCCACGCCCCACCAACCCCGACGAGAUCGGCAACUUCAUCGAUGAGAACCUGAAGGCGGCCGACACCGACCCCACCGCCCCGCCGUACGACUCCCUGCUGGUGUUUGACUACGAGGGCAGCGGCUCCGAGGCGGCCUCGCUCAGCUCCCUCAACUCCUCCUCCGACCGGGACCAGGACUAUGACUACCUGAACGACUGGGGCAGCCGCUUCAAGAAGCUGGCCGACAUGUACGGCGGGGGCGAGGACGAGGAGUAGGCGCCGCCUGUGUGUUCGGGCUGCAGCCGGGCGACACCUGUGAGAAAUGUCGCUGCGGCCCGUUCAACACAGACCAGCAAAGUCGCUGCUCUUCCCGAGAGGGCUGGAUGGCUGAAAUUCCCUUUCCUUAGCAGACAGUCGCACUACGUGAAUCUGUCGUCCUGGCUCAGUUUCUUCAGUCCCCGUCGUUCAGCCGUGGAUAGCCAGUGCUUUCCAGGUUAAUGGGGGCGGGGGGAAUUCUGUUUCGGGGGCAUCCAGAUUUCGGUCAACCAAGGGCCUUGGUGGCAGCCUGCCCAGAACACCCUGCACUUUGACGAAUUCACUGUAGGGGCUGCAGGUCCCAUCGUGCUCAAGGCAGAGCAAGGCACGCUGGGAUCGACAGCCUCCACAGACUGACUGUUUCUAGGACAGGGCAGACCUGGGCUGCUCUCUAGAAGCACAGGCCACAGCCCAGUUCGGUUUCCUCUCGUGCGGCUGGGGAGCUCCUGGCUGCUGUUACUUCCCCCAGACGGCCAGGCGCUUCCACUUCCCUGUGCCCACGUGGGUGAGCACUCACACGCACCUGCUAAAUGGCCUAGUCUUGCUGCUUUGCAGCACACUGGGCAAGGGGUGCCCGGAGAACGCACUCGCAGCAUCUUCACCUGCCCUGCAUCUCUUGCUGCAGGCCUCCCAGGACAGGGGCCUGCUAACUUCUGGGGGCUCCUCUCUUCCAGCGGUGUCAUUAACAGGUAACCAUUUCCCCGGUGCUCUCAGAAUACCUCAUUCCGAAUGCAGGAAGCCGAGCGGGAAACUCCCCUCCACCAGCGUAUGGGAUUUGUUCACUUUUUAACACCACCCAUUGUGUGGUUCGGUGCUGCGUGUGCCCACGGAGUAGAUUCUGAAGAGCAAGCGUGAAGUAGCCUUUCUCAGUAACCGUGGCGAUCAGCUACCGCUGGGCCAGUCUGGAACACAGCCAAAUUGCAGGGGACUUUGCCAGAGAUAUUUUUUAUUGAAUUUUCAGAUGCCACUUAUUUUUUAAUAUUAUCGUUACCCUUAAACAAGAGCUGCACUUUGAUACGUUUAGCACUGUGCCAACUCAAAGACCAAAGACGAGGGUAGCCCUCUUACUAAGCAAUCACAGUCACGGGAGAUAUGGGGGAGAGCCCCCAGGAAAUCCUCAGGGAACGGACAGUAGAUUCACACCCUUUCCUGGAGAGGAACCCCAGGACUCACUUCGGGAGCUCUGCUGGCAACUGCCCAAAUACCUUUGUAUGCUGGUUUUAAUGAAUCCAGCUCGUCCCUGUCCGUGCUCGGAAAGUGAUGAUAGUUUGUCUCUGUGUGUGCAGUAGUGACUUUCCAUUUCUCUAAAUAGAGUUCAGUGUUCUUCCCCACCCCCUACACUUUGCCAUGCAC